GGCAGAAAGAAAGGAAGGAAGGAAACGACAUGUCAUCGUCACGUCGUGUCACAGUUCUGCAUCACCUAUAAUUCUAGGAUCUAGACAUAAUUAAAAUACAAAACUAAACAGCUACAAAGCGGCGCCGUUAACGUGAGAUUAUUCUAGCAGCUUUCAUUGCGCUGUAUGACACAGAGAGAUGCAAAACAUUUGGGAAGAUCUGUACAGAUAAUGUCAUGCAAGGAGAAGCGCUUGUUCAGUUGUCUCCCCACUCUGCAAACACUUUAUUUGGCUCACGUUCUGGAAAGUAUUGCUAUCCCGUCAGGAUAAACCUGAGCGCUUUCUGCGUCAGCUGAACUGGGGCACGGUGAACAAGGAAAUACAGAGAGGGAAGUCUGUUUGAAAACAAAGGUUGGAGCUGCGCGAAGGCUUUUGAUGCGAUGGUGCGCACCGCUGGCAACCUUUCCUGCUACACUGCCCCGGGUUUCGCAGUAAUGCCUCUCUGGUGUUGCCUCUGCUGGACUUGGCUGCUCCUUCUUCAGCAGGACAUGGCUCAGGCCCUCCAGCUCCCCAAGCAGCUCGCUGUGCUCCGAGGUCACACCCUGGUUCUGAAGCCUGUGCUGGGCAGCUCCUCCUCCCAAAGCUUCCAUCUCAUCACAUGGAAACGGGAGAAGGAGAGGCAGCACCUUGUGCGAAUCCUCCUCUAUCAGUCCGAGAACAACAUCACACAACUCUCCCAGCCCUUCUCUAACCGAGCGGGCUUCGACACAGAGUCCUUCACCCUGACGCUGCGCAAUGUUACUGCUGCUGACUCUGGAGCGUACCAGCUCACCCUGACAGUCGCUGACGGGUCUGAGCAGAGCGCCACGACCCACGUCGCUGUGUACGAGCCCCUCUCUGAUCCCUGGAUCUCCGCUGGCGUUUCCUCCCUGCUCUGCUCCGUUCAGGCUGGCACUGCCCCGCGGGUCUCCUGGCUGCUGGACGGGGCACCUGUCUCAAAAGACUCUUACACCAUCUCUUCAGAUGGACGGAACCUGAGCUUGAGCCCAGCGCGCCCCCCCUCCUCUACGCUGUGCGGAGAAUUCACCUGCUCCGUUCGCAAUGAGGUGGAAAACAAGACGGUCCAGUACAGUGCACAGGGUCCACACUGCACAGUGCAAGAUCGCCAUCACUUCAACCUGCUGUGGAUGCUUUCCCUAGUCGUGAUACUGGCUGUGGGUUUAUGUUGCUGGUGUUUCAGAAAAAGAUCUCAACAGACUACAAUAUAGUAGCACAGCCUGUGGGACGAGCAGCGUGAAUGGAGCACUUAUCGUGUGAAAGAUGCUGAGACAACCCCACCUGGAAAACCCACCCCGCCCCCCCCCACCCCCACCCAGCAACACCAGGACCGUGGGUCAACUUUACUGUUACUGUGACUGGGACAAAAGGCUGAAAACUGGGACAAUUUUCCGGGAAUUCCUGGUAACGGCUGGUUUCCCCAACGACGGUGCAAAUUAUACCUGCUAGUUACUGA